GGCCGCAUGCAGCUCCCUCGACAUCGUCAAGCCGGCCUGCUUCCGAUCCAUCCACCAUAUCAUAUCCCUUCUUCUUCAAUUCUUCUACUAUUGGUUCGUCGUUCCUCGAUCGAUACCAUUAAUUCCGUGGGUGUACGUAGCGCCUCUCUCUCGAUCUAGCAGGCAGGUGCAGUGCAGAGUCAGAGUGCACUGCUAGAUAGUUGAUCGUCCAUCAUAUCCAAGCUAAGUAAGUAAGUAAUAGCUAGGUCGCAAAUGGCGAUGAUGGGUGCUACGACGAUUCGUGGUGGUGGUGCUAGCAGCAGCGUCCGGCCUGCUGUGCUGGUCCUCGGCCUCUGCCUGCUGCUGCUGCUGCUGCUUGGUGUUGCGCAGGCGGUGGAGUUUGAGUUGGUGCCUGAUGCUGGUGCCAUUGAUCCGAUGAUGAUGCCUGCCAUGGACGACGUCGACGGUGGUGGUCGUGAGCCGCCGCGCGAGUGCAUGACACCGGUGAGCGUGGAGGAGGCGUGCCGCGGCGCGUCGGAGCUGCACGCCGGCGUGGACUACGACCACUGCAUGGCGUCGCUGGGUGCCGACCCGCGCAGCAAGGAGGCCGGCAACAAGAACAUGCACGGGCUGGCCGUGCUCGCCACCAAGAUGGCCAUCGACCACGCCGCCAGCACCGAGUCCAAGAUCGACGACCUCGCCGAGCUGGAUGCGGAUAACCAGUCGUCGUCGCCGCAGGCCCGCCGCGCCCGCUUCAACCACUGCCUCGAGCAGUACGGCGGCGCCGCCGACCUCCUCCGCGACGCGCUCGACAACCUCAAGGCCAAGAUCUACGGCAAGGCCAUGGAGCAGCUCACCGCCGCGAUGGGCGCCUCCGAGAGCUGCGAGGACGCCUGGAAGGGCGAGGAGGAAAUCCCCGUCGCCGCGCACGACAGGGAGUACGGACGGAUGGCGCACAUCGCCUUCGGAUUCACACACGCAGCCGCCGCAUGAAUCAUCAUAUCAAUCAUCAUUUUUUUCGCAAAAAAAAAUAUAUCAAUCAUCAUCUAUAUAUGCAUCCAUCCAUGAACGUAAGAACUCCGUCCUCUUCUUCUUGCAUCGUCCAUCCAACAUCCAUCAUGCAUCUCCGUCGACGUACUCGCCGGAUCGAUGAUCCCUUCUUGCAAGCAUGCAUGCAUGCAUGCGUCCAAUGAUAUACAUAUAUAUAGUAGUAUAUUCAUAUCUCCAUUAUAUAUGCAUCCAUCUCCGCUUGAAUUGUGGUUCCUCCGAUCCGUCGUAUAUUAUUCCAUGAUCCUAUAGUAUAUAUAGUUGCCGAUCGACCGGGCUUUUGGUCCAUCAUGUAUGCAUUGAUGCAUGCUUUCGAUAUAUAUAUCGAGCAACAAGGCUAUAUCAAUUAUUAUACAUUCUAGUAGUCAUCGAUUACAUUUAAUUUUGUGUGAUUUUUUUCCUUUUUUUUCCUUAUGUAUGUGCUGCUGUUGGAUACAUAUAUGUUGUAGGGUUUCCUCAUCAGAUGAAGUGAAACACAAGGAAUAAAA